AUCUGAGAUUCUGCUGAAGAAAGGUUUGUUUUUAAUCGAUUCAAGUGUUUGCACCAAAAUAACUCGCUAUGCUAAUUACAUAGAGAACCGUGAAGUGUUUAAAUGCUUAAUGAAUGCGAUGUUUCUAAUAACAAUAAUGCAGUUUUUGUGAGUAAACACCAAUAAGAGAAAACGUGCAUCUCAUUUAAACGCUGUUUGCUCGCUGGGCAUUGUGUGCAGAGAACUCCUGCUGAAGCACACUGUUAUAAAGAUGGAGUUUAUUAAAGAGGAGAGUGAAGACCUGAAGAUUGAAGAAACACUCAAACAUGAAGAUACUGACGAACACACAGAUCUGAUGCCACUGAAAGAGGAGAGUCAAGAAAAGAAUGAAAUGGAAGAGAAAAAUCAGUAUGAGAAAUUCCAAGAUUUCAUGAGUGGGGGAAAAUCUUUGAGUUACUCGCAGACUCAUGAAACAGAAACUAAGAACAUUAAGGUCCAGAUGAAAUCACACAUCGGAAAGAGCCCUUUCACCUGCCACCUGUGUGGAAAAAGUUUCAGUCGAAAGACGAGCCUUAAAGCCCACAUUAGAAUUCAUACUGGAGAGAGGCCGUUUACCUGUAAACAGUGUGGAAAAUGUUUCAAUCAAAAGGCAGGCCUUAAAUUCCACAUGAGAAUUCACACUGGAGAGAAGCCUUUCACCUGUCAACUGUGUGGAAAAAGUUUCAAUCGAAAACAAAACCUUAAAGUCCACCUAAAAUUCCAUGCUGGAGAGAAGCCCUUCAUUUGCUUUCAGUGUGGAAAGAGAUUUACAGAAAAAUAUAAACUUCAUGCUCACUUGAGAGUUCAUACUGGAGAGAAACCUCACACCUGCAAACUGUGUGGGAGGAGUUUCUCAAUUAAGGGAAGUCUUACAAGUCACAUGAGAGUUCACACUGGAGAGAGCCCUUACUCCUGCCAACACUGUGGAAAGUGUUUCACUCGAAAAGACAGCUUUAAAAUCCACAUGAAAAUCCACACUGGAGAAAAGCUGUUCAUAUGUUCUCAGUGUGGAAUGAGAUUUACACUGAAACAUACCCUUAAUAGCCACUUGAGAGUUCACACUGGAGAGAAGCCUUUCACCUGCCAACAGUGUGGGAAGAGUUUCACUCGAAAAGAGAGCUUUAAAAUCCACAUGAAAAGCCACACUGGAGAAAAGCUGUUCAUAUGUUCUCAGUGUGGAAUGAGAUUUACACUGAAAAAUACUCUUAAUAACCACUUGAAAGUUCACACUGGAGAGAAGCCUUACUCCUGCCAACAGUGUGGGAAGAGUUUUGCACUAAAAGGAAAUCUUAAAAUUCAUGUUACUGUUCACACUGGAGAGAGCCCUUUCACCUGCCAAAAGUGUGGAAAGAGUUUCACUCGAAAAGACAGCCUUAAAGUUCACAUGAGAAUUCACACUGGAGAGAAGCCUUUCACCUGUCAAGAGUGUGGAAAAGGUUUUAUUCGAAAAGAAAGCCUUAAUGUCCACUUAAAAGUCCAUGCUGGAGAGAAGCUAUUCAUUUGUCCUCAGUGUGGAAGGGCAUUUACACAGAAUAAAUCCCUUAAUGUCCACUUAAAACUUCACACCGGAGAGAAGUCGUUCACCUGCAAACUGUGUGAGAAGAGCUUCACACAAAAAGAAAAUUUUAUGACUCACAUGAAGGUUCACAAGGGAGAGAAGCCUUUUGUUUGUGGUCAGUGUGGGAAAAGUUUCAGAUAUAAAGAAUGCUUUAAUCGUCACAUGAGGUUUCACUCAGGAGAGAAAUGAUUUAGAUGUUACAAGUGCCUAAUGAAUUUCUCAGACAGGAAUGACCUUAAAGGGAUAGUUCACCCAAAAAUUUAAAUUUGAUGUUUAUCUGCUUGCCCCCAGGGCAUCCAAGAUGUAGGUGACUUUGUUUCUUCAGUAGAUCACAAACUGA